UCUUCCUCGCUAAGCAACGCCCUCUCUACCUCCAUUUAGAACCAGCGAGCCACGCACAUAGCUCAUACCCCUCUACCAUCCACUUCUUCUACUCCUACUGUUUCAUAUUCUGCUCUCUCUCUCUCUCCCCCCCUACCAAUUCAUUGAGUUUCUUGAUCAUCAUGCCAGAUAUUUGAGUUCCCUGGCUGAAUUCUGAGAGGUGAAAUUUAAAAAAAAAAAAAAUCAUCUUUUCUUGCUCGGUCUUACUCAGUCUUUGGACCAUGAAGUGGGAACAACUCAGCCUGAUCAGUGAGCUAAUCCAAGGGAAGGAGUUUGCAGAGCAGCUCUGUGCGCAUCUUUCUUCCUCCUCGUCUCUUCGAGAGAAGGAGCUCUUAGUAGAGAAAAUUCUAUCUUCCUACGAGAAAGCACUGUCCAUGCUGAAUUGGGGAGCUGAUGUGGCAGACACUGACAUCGUCGAUGGCAGGAUGAUGAUGGAUUCUCUCUGUUCCUUCAUUGGUGGGAGCCCCAGGAGUAAGGUGUUGGACCAAGAUUCUAACCACAAGGAUUCCUUCAAGAAAGGAAAGACCAUGCCCAGAUGGACAAAGAAAGUGAAGGCUUGCCCAGGAACAGGGCUUGAAGGGCCUCUCGGCGAUGAUUAUAGCUGGAGAAAAUAUGGACAGAAGGAUAUUCUAGGAUCCAAGUUUCCGAGAGGAUAUUACAGAUGUACCCACCGAAAUGUACAAGGUUGUCUGGCCACAAAGCAAGUUCAAAGGUCAGAUGAAGACCCGACAAUUCUUGAGAUAACCUACAGAGGAAGACACACGUGCACUCAGGAGUCUCAUGUGAAGAAGACAUUACCAUUAAAAAGAAAGAUGGGUUUGGUUGAAAAUCCAAUGCAGAAGCACCAAGAUGAUGAACCACAUGAACAAAAACCACUGGAACUAAACCCAGAAGCGUUUUUAAAUCUUGGAGCGGAGCUUGAAGUUAAAACAGAGGAUUUGGACGCGAAGGAGGACAUUUUCCAACCCUUUUGCUUCCCUUCUGCGUCAAUAGGAUCAGAGAAUGAGGGCAGCCUUUUAUUCUCCGAGACAAACCACUUCCUGGAAAUCCUCUCUUCUCCUAAGUUCAUCUCCCCAGCAACCUCGGAAUCCAACAUUUUCUGUCUGAAUGUGCAGACUUCAGAAUCUGAUGUCACUGAUAUAGUUUCAGCUCCAACUUCGGUCACCAAUUCCCCAAUAGCUGAUUUGGAUCUCUUCGAUUUUGAAUCCAAUUUCCCUUUCAACAUUCCAGAACCAUUCUCUUCAUAGAUUCCCCCAACUUUCACCUAGAUUUAGAUAAUAACACCAUAGUCUCUGUGUCUUUGUCUGGUAAGUUGAUGUAGAUCCUGGCCUAGGUAAGAAAGACUGCAAAAAUCAUGGCUUGUGAUCCUAAAUGAAGCCUAAGGAACUUACCUCUUGUGCGAGUUUAGAGAGUUUCCUUGUACUGAACUUGUAAUGAUGAGGUGAUCUGUAGUGACACAUUGAUAUGAUAAAACCAAGAAAAUAUUGCUGCUCGCA